AUGGCGUCCUUCGCCAACCCCACACAGAUCUUUGCCGACGAUGUGAUCGAGGAGAAAGGAGAGAACGCCCGUCUCUCCGCCUUUGUCGGCGCGAUCGCGGUCGGUGACUUGGUCAAGAGCACAUUAGGUCCCAAGGGAAUGGACAAGAUCUUACAAUCAGCGUCAACCGGAGAAAUCCUCGUUACGAAUGACGGUGCUACGAUCCUCAAAUCCAUUGCCCUCGAUAACGCCGCUGCGAAAGUACUAGUCAACAUCUCCAAGGUCCAGGAUGACGAAGUCGGUGACGGAACAACGUCGGUGACUGUGCUGGCUGCGGAGCUGUUGCGGGAAGCCGAAAAGCUCGUUGCCCGCAAGAUCCAUCCCCAGACUAUCAUCGAAGGAUACCGCAUAGCUGCCCGUGCUUCUCUCGACUGCCUUGAGAACCUCGCUGUCGACCGCAGCCAGGAUAAGGAGAAGUUCCGCAAGGACCUCCACGCUAUUGCCCGCACCACCCUCAGCUCCAAGGUUCUCGCUCAGGACCGCGACCACUUCGCUACCCUCGCCUGUGAUGCCGUCCUCCGUCUCCGGGGCUCCACCGACCUGAGCCAUAUCCAGAUUAUCAAGAAGGCUGGUGGGAAGCUGAGCGACUCGUACCUCGAUGAGGGAUUCAUUCUGGACAAGAAGAUCGGUGUCAACCAACCGAAGCGCCUGGAGAACGCCAAGAUUCUUGUUGCAAACACGGCCAUGGACACGGACAAGGUGAAGAUUUUCGGUGCCCGCGUAAAGGUCGAGUCGACAGGAAAGCUGGCAGAUUUGGAAAAGGCGGAGCGUGAGAAGAUGAAGGCCAAGGUGGAGAAGAUCAAGUCGCACGGUAUCAACUGCUUUGUCAACCGACAACUCAUCUACAACUGGCCUGAGCAGCUGUUUACCGAGGCCGGUAUUAUGUCCAUUGAACACGCCGACUUUGACGGAAUCGAGCGAUUGGCGCUGGUCACCGGCGGUGAGAUUGCUUCCACUUUCGACCAUCCCGAUCAGGUCAAGCUUGGUCAGUGUGACCUGAUUGAGGAAGUCAUUAUCGGUGAAGACACCCUCAUCAAAUUCUCUGGUGUGGCUGCUGGCCAGGCCUGCACCAUCGUCCUCCGCGGCGCCACAGAGCAGCUCCUCGACGAAGCCGAGCGUUCUCUCCACGACGCCCUGGCUGUCCUCUCACAGACUGUUAAGGACCCCCGUGUCACACUUGGCGGUGGUUGCGCAGAAAUGAACAUGUCCAAGGCCGUCGAGCAAGCCGCUCAGAACACCACCGGCAAGAAACAGCUCGCCGUCGACUCUUUCGCACACGCCCUCAAGCAACUCCCUACGAUCCUCGCCGACAACGCCGGUCUCGACUCUAGCGACCUCGUUACCCGCCUGCGACAAGCCAUUAACAACGGCAUGACCAGCUCCGGUCUGGACCUGCUCACACCUGGCGGUGGUAUCGCCGAUAUGCGCGAGCUGGGCGUAGUGGAAAGCUACAAGCUGAAGAAGGCUGUUGUUUCCUCUGCGUCCGAGGCAGCUGAGCUCCUCCUCCGUGUGGAUAACAUCAUCCGGGCUGCCCCUCGUCGACGUGAGCGGAUGUAA